UUUUCUUGAUAGCACAUUCUUCAUUCUUUUCAGUUACUUCAGUCAGAUCUCCAUUGUCUGACCGAAUCAAAUCACAUAUACGUUGUUAAUUCCCUCCACUCCACGGUGACCGAAACAAAUUAAAACGUUCGAUCGUGACGAUUUAUUGACCUGAGGAAAAACGUAUUGUAAAUCUGGCAUCAUCGCUCAUUAUGAAAAAUCACUAUUGAAGAAUUCGCCAUUGUGGUGUGGCAACUUGGCUAGCCGAGUAUCCGAUUUCCUGUAAUUUUUGUCUAAUCAGAUGGAACAACCUGGCAACAUGACCAUAAUGCAUCCAGGAACUGGUCCAGCACAUCCUUCAACUACUGCAGGACCGGUGGCUCCAGGCACCCUGCCUGCUACUGGGGGUGGAAAUCCCAGGAGACCUAAGAACCCCAGACAUGCGCGUGCUGCUGCUGAGGGGGCUGGAAACCUGCAGACUGAGAGACUUUCCUUGGCUGAAGAGGCUAAGUUGGAAAUGGCGGCAAUGCCCAGCAAAACCCCAGUCUCUGUCCUACAAGAGCUCCUCUCGCGUCGCGGCGUCACCCCCAAGUACGAGCUAGUACAAAUAGAGGGCGCUAUCCAUGAACCGAUCUUCCGGUAUAGGGUGUUCUUGAGCAACGAGCUGGUUGCUACGGGCACAGGUCGCUCCAAGAAGGAUGCCAAGCAUGCUGCUGCGAAGAAUCUGCUGGACGUUCUUACCGGGAAGAUGACCUCGGAGCAGGCGAAUCAGAGCAAUGGAACUCCCGGAGCGGCUGAUAUCACCAGCCAAGUUGUCUCACCGUACGACGACAAAGUGAUGGGCAACCCGAUUGGUUGGCUCCAAGAGAUGUGUAUGUCCAGAAGGUGGCCACCACCAUCCUAUGAGAUGGAACAUGAGGAAGGAUUACCGCAUGAGCGUCAGUUCACUAUUGCAUGCCAGGUGUUGAAAUUCCGUGAGAUAGGCACCGGCAAAUCCAAGAAGUUGGCUAAGAGGAUGGCUGCGCACAAGAUGUGGCAGACGUUGCAAGAUAUGCCAAUGGAAGGAAACAAUCUACCAGUUGUUUUUUUCAGUGAAGAUGACUUGGUGGGCAAGCUAAGCAACAUUCAGGGCAGAUACGUGGGCCUGAAAGACAGUAAAAUAUCCAAGCUGGGUAGUCAACAGUCCCACAAGGUCUCUCAGUUCCACAAGACUUUGAAAAACUCCAGUGGGAAAAACCUUUCUGAACUACAGUCUAUUGCCUUGUGCGCAAAGGACUUUAACUUUGUCCAAUUCCUGCAAGAUAUUGCAACCGAGCAGAACUUCGAAGUAACAUAUGUGGACAUCGAAAGAAAAAAACCCUCAAUGGCCACUGCCAAUGCUUGGUGCAACUGUCCACUCUUCCGGUCGCAGUAUGCUUUGGAACUGGCAAGAGCCCCAAAGAUGCCCAAGCACAUGCAGCCCAUUUGGCUCUCGAAUAUCUAAAGAUCAUGACCAAGAAGUGAAGAGGUUGAACAUGCUGGUCUAACUGUAAGCAAAACAGUGCUUUUUGGUUUAUGCAAACUCCCCUAAGGGGGAGUUUGUUAUUGUAAAGGGCGCCCCUGCCCUUCAUUUACCCCCUUAGGGCGCUUUUGGUUCGUUUCUGCAGCGGGCGGUACACGGGUUGUAGUCGGGUUGUUUCUGGCGGUUACUAGAAUAGCAUUUUUUACUUUUGAGUUUUUUAUAGAGAAGCAUGAACUUUCGUAUAUAUAUUGGUGUCUACAAUAUUGAAGCUAUUAGACCCAAAGUGUUUUAUGAAAAAAGUGUUUAGUUGUCUAAAGAUAUCCUGACAUUGAAAAGCGCAUUUCGUAAUUUCGCGUGAUUUAUAUCGCCGCAGCCACCGAUAAUUUGGCCUCUUAUUAGAGUUGUUAAAUGCCAGUAAUGCCAAAGAAUAUCUCGCUGAGUGGCAACAUUUCUGAGAUAUUGGACCCAGGAAAUUGAGAUUCAUUUCAAGUUUACGUACCCGUUUAUGUUGUUGCAACUCCAAUUGACAUCUAUACCAUUUCCGAGAUCUCGAUGCGUAUAAUUGCCAAAGGUUAUUCAUUUUUUAUUCUAGAUGCAACAAUUUUAUCGAGUUUAGGUAUUCAUAACCCAAUUAUCACGUUUUAUCUAAUUUUUAACAUUUUGCACUCGGUUUAUGCUAUAUUUUUCUCGAAACCUAAAAGAAAACGUGGUCGCAAGUCUCAAGCACAAGACGAAAAUAUGGUAUAUCGAACGGUAUAGUGGAGAAUUGAGCAGAUUCGGAGAUUGAGGUAAUGCCGAAAAAGAGAAAAGGUCGGUAAAGCCUCGGGAAUCAAAGAAGGAUGAGGCAUCUUUGGUUCGAAAGUCUGGCGAUUCUGAAGAUUCAUUGGAGAAUAAAAGAUGAAAAAGAUGACCCUGAUAAAGAUACAUUGACUUCUGCUGGAGGGUGGUGGAAACUGCUUCAGAGGGCCAACAAUCAAAACGAGGCAAGAUGUCUACACCGAAAGAGCCCAAAAGCGGAGAUGAAGAUGAUGAGAAAUGAGAAACAUAAAUCAAAGGAAGGCAGAAAACCCAGCACAUGAACAUUCCAUUGCUUCAGUUAGAGAUGAGAAGAAUGAGAGCAGUGUGAGAUAGAUGAGAAAAUGGUGACUUGAUAAGUGAUUUCAGAGCAAAGAAAAGCAAAAAAGACUACCACCGCUUGCCAAGAUAAGAAAAAGGGAGGCUCCGAAAUUGCAGAGGAGGACUAGGACGAGAAAAAGAAAGUCGACCAAAUAUUGAACGUGUACUUCGAACAAGACGACACUGAGAAGUUCGGGUCAGCUGAAGGAUUCAGCUCUGCAGACAAUAACUGGGAGUUGUUCGACAAUACGAAUAAGGUGGGAAAAGCGCGACAAGUAAAAAGUUACUGAUUCAUGUUUGGACUAUUAAACUGCCUUCGUGUUGUACAACAGUAACACAGUAAUUCGGGUCACUCCGACUCAGAGUGUGUUGUAAACAUGACACAAAACAAGUCGGCAACACAAAAAGGUCUUACACACCGGAAAAUGCAACAAAAUGAACAAUGCAAACUACACGGAGCACUUGGCUUUAACACAUUUGAGGUAUGGGACAUUACCUACAUAUCCGUAGGUCAUAUGUCAUCAGAUUUCAAUAAUAGAUGAAAACAUUCACUUUUUGCCUUCUGUUUUAUAAAAUUCAUGUUUUAUUUCAUUCUAUUCGCAAGAAGCAACCUGAAACCCGUGUACCGACACAACAGAAAAAUGCAUGAAAAGGGAUGGAUAGCACUUAAUUUACAAGCUAUACUUUGCAUAGAAUUAGUGGUUUUUUUCGAGAUUUUUCUGCGACAAUUCAAUCGUUAAUUCUUUUUUAUUUUUAUGUUGUCUCUGAAAAAAAAUUGUCAAUGUGCGCCACACGGUGAGCAUUAGAUUUAAUACAGCCUUCGACAAAAGUAUGCAGAAUUACGUUACCUUGAAAUGUGAAAAGGUAAAAACUUCAAUUUUUUUUCUUUUUAUAUUUCAAGGUACACUUCUCAUUUUGGCCGUGUUAUUUAAGUUUAAAAAAAUAAUGACUUGAUAAACACAAAUACUUUGACGGACGCUGUAAAUCGCGCGAUGUCUUUGUAACAAGAGACAAACUUGUGCGGCACUCUUAGAUAUAUAUAAUAUAUAUUUAAAUGUUUAAAAGGAAAUCAAGUAUAGUAGUAAGCUUAGAACUUUUUACAUAUAUAUUAUUUACUAGGCGGUAGUUUGUAACACAAACUUCAACCUUUUCGUCCUCUACUAUCCGCAUGGACGAUAGUGGUACGAUUCCACUGUACAAAUUGUUGCGCAACAUGUUGCAGUGUUCCAUUCCUACAAUGUGUCACCACAUGUCGCUGGCCCUUUUGUUAGUGGGAACAUACCUUAACGCUGAUAAUUUCUUUUUUGAAUGUCUCUUCCUCUUAUAUAACUCAAAUAUUAUGUAUAUGAUAUAAUGCAGUGCCCCGACAACAUGAUAUGUAUUGAUUAUAAUAUUGUGAAAAGGGAGCAUUUAUUUGAUGCAAAGUAUAGAGGUUGUACCGAAACUAUUUUUUUUAUCUUAUUUGUUCAAUCUCGUGUAUGGAAUUGUAUUUCUGUACACGAAAAUGUACCGGGUACACCCUAGCAUAGGCCACGCAAAAAUUUCACAAUUAGACCUCAAAAAGUGUCAGAUCUAACUAAUCAUCCGAUAGAAAAUAGAUGACGGUUUCUUCAACAGUCCCGUUGAAAGUAAGCAUGGGUUAAGCAAUGUCAAUUCUUAAGGGUAAAACAGUAUUGUUUAAAGGAAUAGCUGCGAUAUCCUAUAAAUUAAUCUUGUUAUCACCUACUAAUAUGACCGGUCGACUCUACAAAAAUUAUGAAAGUUUGAGGUUAUGGGAAUAAUAACUUAUUGUCCAAAAUGCCAUUGUAAAUGUGAGAAAUCUGAUCAUAUUUGGUAGUUUGUUGGUUUUGGGUGUACCGCUGAUCUAUACACAAAGAAAAAUGUAAUAAUUAACAUAUAUGUCAAUAGAAAAUUUUUAGACGCACCGCACGUGUAGACAUAAAGAUAGCAUGAAUCUAUAUGGAGUGUCGUCUAAAGAUGCAUAGAGGUUUAGGUUUGUUUUUGAAAUAGCUGAUAAGUUUAAUCAUCUAUACCUGUAAUAUUAUAUUGAUGUGUAUGCUAAUUAAUAAUAAUUCCUUGCUUAGGCCAAGUAAUUUUAUUUCGAUAAUCCAUGCCAACCUUAGCGCUCUGUUGCUCUCUCAUUCCUUUCUUCUUUUUUUCUCUUUCUGACCGUCUAAUAUCUGGUCAACCAGAACUACUGACCUACAAGAUUUAACCAAAAGCAAAGAUCCUACGUUCCGAUUUGAC